UCGUGUGUAUUAAAUGAGCGAUAUAAUUCGCCAACAAAUUUUACGGAAAAGAGAAAAAACUUCAGAACUUUGCCAUUAAUUUAAGCGUUUUAUGUGUAUGAUAAUGAUUUGUGCUGAUCGUGACUUAGUACUGUAACAACUUUAUGGGAGUUUGUAUACAUCGAUUUGUUACUGGACUUAUUAAAUUAGUGCGGUGGAGUCGUACAGUCAGACGGAGAGUGGAGCGGCGUGGAGCUGGUGCCGUGGGUCCUUAGGGUGGCGGAAUCGCAAUGGGAGCGCAGCAGGCGAAGGAGCGUGGCACGGCCAUAGGUGCGUCCAUGCGCUCGGGCCGCAGCAGACCGCGGCCACCCAGAGACCCCCGCAUCCUGGGCUCUAAUAUAUUUACAGAACACAGCGAAGCGUUGCGCCAAAGUCGACCCUUACCGCACAUACCCGAUUUGCCGGACGGGGAAGGCACCAGCGCCGUGCCUCCAGCGCCCCAGCUACUCGAGACCGCUAACAGAUGGACUUCAAAGGAGGAUCUUCUUGCUCACCAAGAAGAUGAUGAUCCCCAACUGUUCGUUGCCUUGUACGACUUCCAGGCGGGAGGCGAAAAUCAGCUUAGCCUCAAGAAAGGUGAACAGGUGAGGAUCAUGAGCUACAACAAGAGCGGGGAGUGGUGCGAGGCGCAUACAUUGUCGGGCGGCCGGGUGGGUUGGGUGCCAAGCAACUACGUUACCCCUGUCAACUCCCUGGAGAAACACUCGUGGUAUCACGGACCGAUAUCACGUAAUGCAGCUGAAUAUCUGCUCUCUUCUGGCAUCAAUGGCAGCUUCCUGGUCCGCGAGUCGGAAUCUAGUCCAGGCCAGAGAAGUAUCUCACUGCGUUACGAAGGCCGUGUCUACCAUUACCGCAUCAACGAGGACUCUGAUGGAAAGGUGUAUGUUACAUCAGAAUCGAAGUUCGGUACAUUGGCCGAGCUCGUUCACCACCACUCGGUGCUGGGUGAUGGUCUGAUCACUCAGCUGUUGUAUCCAGCGCCGAAGCGCAACAAGCCGACGGUGUUCCCGCUCGCCCCGCCCGACGAGUGGGAGAUCGACCGCACCGAUAUUGUCAUGAAACACAAGCUCGGCGGCGGACAAUACGGCGAUGUCUACGAGGCCGCAUGGAAACGUGGAAAUAUAACUGUUGCAGUUAAAACUCUGAAAGACGAUACAAUGGCACUUAAAGAUUUUCUCGAGGAGGCGGCCAUAAUGAAGGAGAUGCGACAUCCGAAUUUAGUACAGCUGCUCGGUGUGUGCACGCGCGAGCCACCUUUCUUCAUCAUCACCGAGUUUAUGAGCCGAGGCAAUCUGCUUGAUUACCUUCGCACUGAGAGCCGCGAACACAUCGAUGCUGUGGUUCUCAUGUACAUGGCAACUCAGAUUGCCUCCGGAAUGAGCUAUUUGGAGAGUCGCUCCUUUAUACACAGAGAUUUAGCUGCACGCAACUGUCUCGUGGGUGAGAACCACCUAGUGAAAGUGGCAGAUUUCGGUCUAGCUCGACUAAUGCGUGACGACACUUACACCGCACACGCCGGCGCUAAAUUUCCAAUCAAAUGGACUGCGCCCGAAGGACUUGCUUACAACACCUUCAGCACCAAGUCCGACGUGUGGGCAUUCGGGAUACUACUAUGGGAGAUUGCUACCUACGGAAUGUCUCCCUACCCACGAGUCGACUUAGCCGAAGUCUAUCACAUGCUUGAAAAGGGCUACCGCAUGGAGUGCCCGCCCGGGUGCCCUGCCGCCGUUUAUGAACUGAUGCGCGGCUGUUGGCAAUGGAACCCGGCAGACAGGCCCACCUUCCGAGAGAUACAUCACGCGCUCGAGCAUAUGUUUCAAGAUAAUUCCAUUACCGAAGAGGUCGAGAAACAACUGCAGGAAGGCGGUGGACACGGCAUCGGUUCGCAGAUGUCCGUGAAGAAGUCAAGCGUCGGGCCGGUGUCGUCCAUUGCCAUGGCAGAGACGCGCGCCGUACAGAUGCGACGCCCCACCAACAGACGAGGCAAACAAGCACCCACACCACCCAAACGCACAAGCCUGUUGUCAUCGUGCAGUUCGUUCCGUGAGUCGCAGUACGCGGCAGAAGAACAUGCCGGCCACGACGACCUGGCUUCUCUUAACGGUGGGGGGCGCGGCGGCGGGCGAGAGGCGUCGUCUGAGGGCUCUCUGGCGGAGGCGACGCCCGACACGGACGAGUCGGCCGGUGCGAGCGCACCUGGCGCACUCGGCCUGCCCGCAGACUGCCGGCACCGGCCUAAACGCCGCCACCACCACGCCCACCCGCAAUACCACGACUUCCAGGACCUAGAACCACUGCGGUAUACGGGAGUUGUAGUAGCGGCGCUCGAGGUACAUAACGUAAAACGCGCCAUCAACCGUUACGGCACGUUACCGAAAGGCGCCCGCAUCGGUGCUUACUUGGAGUCGCUGCGGCAGAGCGGCGGUGGUACUGGCGCAGCGGCUUGCAGCAGCGCGCCCCGCGAGCCCGCGCAGGAUGAAGCGCGCUCGCUCUCACCGCGGACGGCCCGGGCACAGCCUCACAUGAUACGUUCCAACUCGUCGGGCGGAGUCACCGCACCCGCACCGGCUUCUCCGCGCGCCUCACGAGCCGCACAACCCCUCAGAACCUUCAAUAGUCCCGCCAAGCCGCGUCCGCGGCUCGCAGAACUAGAGUUUCCUCCGCCACCGUCUGAUCUCCCUCCUCCGCCAGAGGAUUCGGUGCAGCCGCCUCCGCCCCCGCCGCCCCCAGAAUGUUGCCGUGACGCUGGAACCAAUACCGCCGACCGGCUCGACGAGGGCGCGCCGGAGCGGACCGAUAAAGAUGAAAAACCUGCUAAACAAGUCAUGAAAGAAUUGCUCGAGUUGAAACUCGUUGCCGAAAUCAAAGAAUGUGCCGACAAAAAGAAACAAAAAGUUGAAGAAUCGGACCCCACCCUAGAAGUUAUCGAAAUGCACACCUCUUUUAAAGACCCAGCGUCGCGACUCGUUUCCGAACUCUCCGAGAGUCUCAACAUGGAAGUUCUACGUAUAGGAGAAAGGAGAGUCGAACCAAAGCCGGCUCAAAGCGGCAAAGAGACCGUUUCACCUAUUGACUUGAAAGCGAGCCUAAGAAAAACAACUUACAGCAAUAAUGUCGAAAAGAAACCGGAUGAGACAAAAACCAAUACUAACUUUAAAUCUCAACUAAAAAAAGUCGGAACGAACAAAUUUAAUAACGCUAGCAAAGAAGGCGAGGAGUCGGGUAAAUCGAUUAUUGAUUUCAAAUCUCGCCUGCGAAAAGUGGAUAAUGGUAAUCCACCCACCAACGGAACCAUGAAAAAAGUCGAGCAGACCUCGCCGGAAGAUUCUCGAAAGGACGUAUCCACAAAGAGCGAUGAUUCAGAUAAGAAGCGGUCAGAGAGCGGCUCGGUGGACACGAGUGGCGGCGACGAAGAGGAUAAGAGACGAAGCACCGGCAGUAUUAGCAGUCUCAAGAAGUUGUGGGAAGGCAAGGAGAGCGAUGAACGAUCCGGUCAUAAGAUGCGUCCCAAAGGGGAGGAGAGCGAGGAGGCUUCUCCAGAGGAUCGGAGUGCGGCGGCGGGUGGCCGUGGAGGUGGCGCGGCGCGGCGCGAGGACAAACCCACCGUGGCCAGCAAGCCCUCGAUGCGCGCCCGCCCGCUGGCCAAGUGCGGCAUAUACGCCACGCCUCUCGCCGCACCUGAUGCUGAUUCCGAUGUAAACUCGCUUGCAUCACUUCGCGCCUCUCUCGAAUGGUGCACGAAUGAGGUGCGUCGUGGAUGCGGUGGUGGUGGUGGCGGGCGCGGGUCGCUGUGGCGGCUGCAGACGUCCGAGCGGCUGGCGCAGCUCGGCGCGGCUUGCGCUGCGUGCGCGGCGGCUGGCGGGUGCGCGCCGCAGUUGCGUGUCAAACUGCGUGCGGCCGCCGCCCGACUUGAGAACGAGGCGCGAGCGCUCGCCUCGCCCCACUCCCACGACCACCACCUCGCGGACGGUGUCGAGCAGGCGCUGCGGGACCUCGCAGCCAUUGUGCACAGGUAAACGGUUAAAGCGUCAUCCGAGUUGACAUGACAACCUGACAUCUGACAUAACUGACUGACAUGUCAUGCGUGUCAGUCAGUCGGCAUUUCGUCUACGUCAUCGUCAACUCCCGGUACGCUUCCUUCAUGCUUUUAAUACACCGACCACUUAUCGAAUUAAGACCAGGAAAUGUUGUUUAUGUGUAGAAUAUCGAAACAUCUUUAACUUUACUAUUCAUUGAAUUAUCUACACUGAAAUAAACAAUCU